AUGAAGCAUGUUCCUAAAAGAUUGAGAGCAGUUGGUAAAGGUCCCUUUUCUAGAGGUCAAGCAGUUUUUGUUACAGUCCCGAAUGAUAAACAGGCUAUUUGGUCAUGCUUACUUACGAAUAUAGAUAUUGACAAAAACUCUAUACCCCAAAGAAUUUAUAUUACUGGGAGAUGCUUUAAUUGGUAUAGUUCAGUUGUCAAAAGUGGGUUAUAUCGUAAAUCUGUCUUGAAUAUUUUACCUUGCUCCGUUCCAGUGUCUCGUGUUUUAACAAGUUUGGAACAAGUUGGCAAAACAAGUUUUGUGGACUUGAUUUUAGGUCAAAAGCACAUUGAACAGAAAUUUUCAAAUUCAGUCACUUUGAAACAUCCUUUAACUGCCCAGCUAAAUCAUUCUCAAAAAUCUGCAAUUAGUUACGUUUUGAAUAACACAGUCUCGGUUUUAAGAGGACCACCUGGAACUGGGAAAACUUCAACCAUUCACCAGUUGAUCUUACAAUAUGCUAAAGAGUUUUCCAGGUUCUCAAUAUUGGUUGUUGCUGCUUCAAAUGUUGCCAUCGAUAACAUCGCAGAAAAAUUCCUAACCAUUCAAGAGUUCAAACCAUUGAGAAUUGUAUCUCAAAUGAAGGAAAGUGAAUACAAAGAAGAUCAUAAUUUAUUUCCUAUCUGUUUACAUUCACAGACCUAUGGUAAAUUAAAGAAACACAAUAAGGUUGUUUAUGAUGACUACAUGAACGGGAAAGUUGUCUCUGAAGAGGAUUAUAAAAGUUUGAUGAGACAGUGGUUUUCAAUUGCUGAACCUAUAGUUGAAGCUUCCCGGAUCAUCUUCACCACAACUAGUGGAGCUGGUUCAGGUCUACUUUCUGGAGAUAGAGCACCGAGGGUACCAAUCGUGAUAAUGGAUGAAAGUACACAGUCCUCUGAAGUAUUUAGUCUUAUUCCACUAACUUUGAAAGGUGUUUCUAAAUUUGUUUUUGUUGGUGAUGAAAAACAGUUGAGUGCGUUUUCUGAUAUUCCAUUCUUGGCUCAAUCUUUAUUUGAAAGAAUUUUGAGAAAUGGAACUUAUCAGCAUCCUCAUAUAUUGGAUACUCAAUAUAGAAUGCACCCAAAUAUCUUAUCGUUUUCAAUUAAGCAUUUUUAUAACGGAAAAUUAUCAGAUGGUAUCACUUCAAAAGAUCGUGUAAUUGACAAGUGGAUUACUGCGCUAACAUUCUUGGAUACAGGUACUAGAAUGGGGAGAGAAAAUGCUGUCGCAAGUGAUGUUAAAGGGACCACUUCAUAUGAAAACCUUCAAGAGGUAGAUGUUGUACUCGAUGUUAUUAUCAAGUUGUUGAGAUUACCAAAUAUAAGUCAUAAUGAUAUAGGUGUCAUUACACCUUACGCUGCUCAAAGAGAUGCUUUAUCAAAUGCCAUACAAAGAAAUGGAAUUAUUAAUCCAGAAGGUUUAGAAAUCAAAGAACAAGAUGAUAUAGAGAAUAUUUUUGAAAGGAACACUCCAACGGUCAAAAUAAUCAAUGGAUUAAUGGUGAGUUCGAUUGAUGCUUUCCAAGGUCGUGAAAAGAAAAUUAUUAUAUUCUCGUGCGUUCGUUCCAAUAAUCUUAAUAGGAUUGGGUUCUUAAAAGAUCCAAGACGUUUAAAUGUCGCUUUAACAAGGGCUCAAUAUGCUUUAAUCAUGGUUGGUGAUAAAACUUGUUUAAGAAAAGGAAAUGAUCUAUGGGCAGAGCUAAUACAGCAUUUUGAACGUAACGGGAGAAUGAUUGCUCCACACUCGUUUAUAAUUUAGCUUGAAUUGAAUAUGUUUUUAGAAUGAUGCCUAUAGUAGCUAAAUUUUCGCGACAAGAAGAACGCUGUCAAAUUUCAACGGG